CUCCGGCCCACCACCAGCCCGCCGCCGCGACGCCUCCGGCGCUUUCGUAGCCGGCAAGCUUAGCGCGGCAAGGAAAGGAGUGCCUUGGCGGCGGCCAGGCCAUCCAAACCGCCACCAUCCCCAACCGAACCGCGCCGAGAGAAUCCGAUCGCCGCUCCUCCUCCAAGACCCUCGCGCUGCCGGCACGCCGACAUGCUCGCGCCGCUCCCGCGCCUGACGAGCGCGCUCCGCGGCCACUACGACGCCGACCAGGCCUACCUCCUCCGCAAGUCCGCGCUCCAAUCCCUCGCGCUCCCGAGGCCGCGCGAUGAGUGGGAGCUCGCACGGAAGAUCGUGCCCGACUGGGACGAUGCUCCCAGUGAUGUGCGCCAGGCGUACAAGCAAUUCCUCGGCGCCGUGGUGGAGUUGUUGAAUGGGGAGGUCGUGUCUGAAGAGCUUCAGCAAGUUGCCCCAGCUGCGUAUGCCUUGUUUGCUGGCGAUGAUACAGAGUCUAGCGAGGAUGUCCUUCGCAAAAGGAAUGAAUUGGAGAACCUUGUGGGUUACAGUGUGCAAGACUCUCUUCUAAAGAAGCUAGCUCAGUUAGCCCAGAUGCUCCGUUCCCUUCAACGGGCAAGAGGCCAAGAGCUUGUUCAGAGAAAUGCAGAUGAAAAUGUUACGAGUGAAUUUGGUGCAAGCUUUGAUUUCAAGCCACCCUCUCGUUUCGUUGUUGACGUUUCCCUUGAUGAUGUCCUACCCUUAGGAAGUGAUGGAUUGAGCUCCAAACCAUCUGCACAUGAUCAAUAUGAUGUCGGCAGCACAUCCACAAGUUUUAAUUCAAUGUCUCCUGGGGUUUAUGUGAAUUUGAGGUGGCUAAAGGAUCAGUGCGAUCUGAUAACUAGAAGUGGUGGCUCAGUCCUCUCAGGAGAUGAACUCGCAAAGGCUUUGUGCAGAGUGCUCAUAUCUAAUAAAGCUGGUGAUGAGAUAGCUGGUGAACUGUUGGACCUUGUUGGUGAUGCUUCAUUUGAAACCGUUCAAGAUCUCCUUUCGCAUAGGAAAGAGUUAGUGGAUGCAAUUCAGCAUGGAUUGAUGAUAUUAAAAUCAGAAAGAACGUCUUCAAGUAAUCAACCAAAGAUGCCAACAUAUGGCACACAAGUAACAGUACAAACAGAAUAUGAACGCCAGCUUGAUAAGAUUAGGAGGAAAGAGGAAAAACGUGGCAAGCGUGGUGCAGAAACUGGAAUGAAUGAUAUUUUUUCUGAUGAUUUCUCAUCCCUUCUCCUGGCGAGUGAAAGAAAGCAGCCAUUUGAUGAUGUGAUUGGGACUGGAGAAGGGGCAAACAGUUUUACAAUAACUUCUCUUCCUCAAGGGACCACAAGGAAACAUAUGAAGGGGUAUGAAGAAGUGAAAAUUCCACCAACCCCAACGGCACCAUUGAAACCCAAUGAGAAGCUGAUUGAAAUAGGAGAGCUGGAUGAACUCGCCCAAGCUGCUUUCCAGGGAUACAAGUCACUCAACCGUGUUCAGAGUCGCAUUUUUCAAGCUACAUACUACACCAAUGAGAACAUUCUAGUUUGUGCUCCAACAGGUGCUGGCAAAACAAAUAUUGCAAUGAUUGCAGUUCUUCAUGAGGUCAAACAACACUUUAGAGAUGGUGUUUUGCAUAAAAACGAGUUCAAAAUAGUCUAUGUUGCCCCUAUGAAGGCUUUGGCUGCGGAGGUAACAUCCACAUUCAGUCGCCGAUUAUCUCCGUUGAACUUGGUUGUUAGAGAACUUACAGGAGACAUGCAAUUGACCAAAAAUGAGAUCGAAGAAACACAGAUGAUAGUGACUACUCCUGAGAAGUGGGAUGUCAUUACACGGAAAAGCAGUGACAUGUCACUGUCAAUGUUGGUGAAGCUUAUAAUCAUUGAUGAGGUGCACUUGCUAAAUGAUGAUAGAGGUUCAGUCAUUGAGGCACUAGUUGCCCGGACCCUUCGGCAGGUUGAGUCUAUGCAAUCAAUGAUUCGCAUUGUUGGCCUAUCAGCUACCCUGCCCACUUACUUGGAGGUUGCACAAUUUUUGCGGGUUAAUCCAGAUACUGGUCUUUUCUUUUUUGAUUCGAGUUACCGUCCAGUUCCUCUUGCUCAACAGUAUAUUGGAAUCAGUGAACGGGAUUACGUCAAGAAAACCGAACUAUUCAAUACGUUGUGCUAUGAGAAGGUUGUGGAGUCCAUUAAGCAAGGUCACCAAGCAUUGGUUUUUGUUCAUACUCGUAAGGAUACAGGGAAAACUGCUAGAACAUUGAUCGACCUAGCUGCAAAUGCAGGGGAAUUGGAGUUAUUUUCAUGUGCAGAGCAUCCCCAAUAUGCAUUAAUCAAGAAAGAUGUUAGUAAAGCCAAAAGUCGUGAAGUUGCAGAAUUUUUUGAAUCUGGUUUUGGUAUCCAUAAUGCUGGAAUGAUUCGAUCUGAUAGAAGUUUGAUGGAGCGCUUGUUUGCAGAUGGGCUCCUGAAAGUCCUUGUUUGUACCGCAACAUUGGCUUGGGGAGUGAACUUACCAGCUCAUACAGUUGUUAUAAAGGGAACACAACUAUAUGAUCCUAAAGCUGGUGGAUGGCGAGAUUUGGGGAUGCUCGAUGUGAUGCAGAUCUUUGGGCGUGCUGGACGACCACAGUUUGACAAAAGCGGUGAAGGAAUUAUUAUCACAACACAUGACAAAUUGGCUUACUACUUACGGUUAUUAACAAGUCAGCUUCCAAUAGAAAGCCAGUUCCUUGGAUCUUUGAAAGAUAAUUUGAAUGCUGAGGUUGCCUUGGGCACUGUAACAAAUGUCAGGGAGGCAUGUGCCUGGCUUGGCUAUACAUACUUAUUUAUAAGGAUGAAGACUAAUCCUCUGGUGUAUGGGAUAGCUUGGGAAGAGGUUAUUGGAGAUCCUUCCUUGGGUGCCAAGCAAAGAGCGUUUAUUAUUGAUGCUGCACGUGCACUAGACAAGGCCAAGAUGAUGCGGUAUGAUGAAAAGAGUGGCAACUUUUACUGCACAGAACUUGGUCGAAUUGCAAGCCACUUUUACCUUCAGUACUCCAGUGUUGAGACUUACAAUGAGAUGCUUCGGCGCCACAUGAACGAGAGUGAGGUGAUUAAUAUGGUGGCCCAUUCCUCUGAAUUUGAAAAUAUUGUAGUAAGAGAAGAAGAACAAGAUGAACUAGAAUCCCUUUUUAGGAAUGCAUGCCCACAUGAUAUUAAGGGAGGACCAACUGACAAACAUGGGAAAAUUUCAAUUCUCAUACAGGUUUACAUAUCACGUGCACUAAUUGAUAGCUCCUCUUUGCACUCUGAUGCUCAAUACAUUAGUCAAAGCUUGGCUCGCAUUAUGAGGGCAUUAUUUGAAAUUUGUCUGCGCCGAGGGUGGUCUGAAAUGACAUCCUUGUUAUUAGAGUACUGCAAGGGUGUUGACCGCAAAGUAUGGCCCCAUCAACAUCCGCUUCGGCAGUUUGAUAGGGACCUUUCCAAUGAGAUAUGCAAAAGACUCGAGGAAAAAAAUGUUGAUCUGGAUCGUCUUUAUGAGAUGGAAGAAAAUGAUAUCGGAGCUCUGAUCCGUUUCUCUCAUCUAGGAAAGGUGGUUAAACAAUAUGUUGGAUACUUUCCAUAUGUCAACUUAUCUGCUUCUGUGAGCCCAAUCACCAGGACUGUUCUUAAAGUGGACCUUCUUAUAACUCCUGAAUUUGUGUGGAGAGAUCGUCACCAUGGCAUGUCACUGCGAUGGUUGAUUAUUGUUGAGGAUUCUGAAAAUGAUACUAUUUAUCAUUCCGAGUUGUUCACGCUAACGAAGAAGAUGGCAAGAGGAACACCUACAAAGAUAUCUUUCAAUGUACCGAUCUUUGAACCUCAUCCACCACAGUACUACAUAAGGGCCAUAUCAGAUUCCUGGUUACAUGCAGAGUCACUCUUUACUGUUUCUUUUCAUAAUCUUACCUUACCACAGACACAAAUAACUCAUACUGAACUUUUGGACCUGAAGCCUCUUCCAUUGAGCGCUCUUGGCAACAAGACAUAUCAAGAUCUAUAUAGAUUUUCCCAUUUCAAUCCGAUACAGACACAGGCUUUCCACGUCCUCUAUCACACCGACAAUAAUGUACUUUUGGGAGCUCCAACUGGCAGUGGCAAGACAAUUUCUGCAGAACUAGCAAUGCUUCAUCUUUUCAACACACAACCGGACAUGAAGGUAGUUUACAUCGCUCCAUUAAAGGCUAUAGUACGAGAAAGAAUGAAUGAUUGGAGACAACGUCUUGUAACUCAGCUUGGGAAGAAGAUGGUUGAGAUGACUGGUGACUUCACUCCAGAUAUGAUGGCUCUAUUAUCAGCUGACAUCAUAAUUUCUACCCCUGAAAAGUGGGAUGGGAUUAGUCGUAGUUGGCAUAGUAGAAGUUAUGUUAUGAAGGUUGGGCUUAUGAUAUUGGAUGAGAUACACCUUCUUGGAGCUGACCGUGGCCCUAUUCUCGAGGUCAUUGUAUCAAGAAUGCGAUACAUAUCAUCACAAACAGAACGUUCAAUUCGGUUUGUUGGUUUAUCAACAGCAUUAGCCAAUGCUCGCGAUUUAGCUGAUUGGUUAGGCGUGGGAGAGGAUGGUCUGUUCAAUUUCAAGCCCAGCGUGAGGCCUGUACCUCUUGAAGUGCAUAUCCAGGGAUAUCCUGGGAAGUUCUACUGCCCAAGAAUGAAUAGCAUGAAUAAACCAGCUUAUGCAGCAAUAUGUACUCAUUCACCGGACAAACCAGUUCUGAUUUUUGUAUCAUCUCGUCGGCAAACUAGACUUACGGCUCUUGAUCUCAUCCAGCUUGCUGCAUCAGAUGAAAAACCAAGGCAAUUCCUAAGCAUGGCAGAUAACUCUCUCGACAUGAUUCUUUCACAAGUCUCUGACAGCAAUUUGAGGCAUACUCUGCAAUUUGGAAUAGGUCUACAUCAUGCAGGUCUCAAUGAUAGAGAUAGAUCCUUGGUUGAGGAGCUCUUUUCAAACAACAAGAUUCAGGUACUGGUAUGUACUAGCACACUGGCUUGGGGUGUUAAUCUUCCAGCUCACCUGGUCAUAAUUAAGGGGACCGAAUACUAUGAUGGCAAAACAAAAAGAUACAUUGAUUAUGAUAUCACAGAUAUUCUGCAAAUGAUGGGUCGGGCAGGUCGACCACAAUAUGACCAACAUGGAAAAGCUGUUAUUCUUGUUCAUGAACCAAAAAAGAGCUUCUAUAAGAAGUUCCUGUAUGAACCAUUCCCCGUCGAAAGUAAUCUAAGGGAGCACUUGCAUGAUCACAUAAAUGCAGAGAUUGUUUCUGGCACUAUCAGUAAUAAAGAGGAGGCAAUUAUUUAUCUUACUUGGACUUACCUAUACCGCAGACUGGUUGUUAACCCGGCUUACUAUGGACUGGAAGAUACUGAAACGUAUAUCUUGAAUUCCUACCUCUCAAGACUAGUGGAAACAACAUUUGAAGAUCUUGAGGACAGUGGGUGCAUAAAAGUGGAUGAUCACUCUGUGAAGUAUUUGAUUUUGGGGAAGAUAGCGUCACAGUAUUACCUUAGUUACCUUACAGUCUCAAUGUUUGGGACAAAUAUAGGCCCCAACACAUCAUUAGAGGCAUUUGUGCACAUACUGUCAGCUGCUGCAGAAUUUGACGAGCUUCCUGUACGCCACAACGAGGAUAAUUUGAACCGGGCCCUCUGUGGAAAAGUCCCAUACUCAGUUGACCAGCAACACCUUGAUGACCCACAUGUUAAAGCAAAUUUGCUUUUUCAGGCACACUUCUCCAGAGCAGAAUUGCCAAUUAGUGACUAUAUCACUGAUUUGAAAUCAGUUCUUGAUCAGAGCAUACGUAUCAUACAGGCUAUGAUUGACAUAUGUGCCAAUAGUGGAUGGCUUUCAAGUGCAUUGACUUGUAUGCAUCUCCUACAAAUGAUCAUACAGGGUCUCUGGUUUGAGAGAGAUUCAUCACUCUGGAUGUUACCAUCCAUGAAUGAUAAUCUUCUCGAUCAUCUUAAGGGCAGAGGAAUUUCAACAAUGCCAGCCUUACUAGGUGUCUCUCGUGAUGAAUUACAUAGGUUGCUUCAACCAUUUGCUGCUUCUGAGUUAUACCAGGAUCUGCAACAUUUCCCUUGCGUCGAUGUAAAACUUAAGCUUCAGAAUGAUAGGGAACGGUCUAGGCCUCCAAUUUUAAAUGUUAGAUUGCAAAUGAAAAAUGCACGCCGUUCAAUAUCAAGAGCAUUUUCCCCUAGAUUCCCCAAGGCAAAACAAGAAGCUUGGUGGCUGGUCCUUGGGAACGUUAAAAGUUCAGAGCUCUAUGGUCUGAAAAGAAUUAAUUUUAUGGAUCGUGUGGUUAACACUCGCAUGAAAUUGCCAGAGAUGUUUGAUAUCCAGGAGACGAAGCUGAUUUUGGUGUCGGAUUCCUACCUUGGGUUUGAUCAGGAAUACUCACUUGGGCAUCUUGCAAAUGGUGUCUGAUGCUCUUGUUGACUACCAAUGCGCCUCUACUGUAGCGCCAAACACCCAGCAAUGCAGAUGCUCACCUGUAAUAUUUGGUCGAUCAGAAGUGCAAGAGCCCUAGGGAACUACAGACAUGUAACGAGCGGGGAAUUUUGUGAACGGUGGGGGCAGCCCUUUCUUUCCUUUCUCUUUUAGGGCCUCGUUCUCAUUUUUGAUACUAUGUGUUAUCACCUCCGUCUUUUGCUUUGUGUUAUGCUUAUAACCCAAAAUUUAAAUUUUCAACCUUAAAUUUAGAAAUGAUUUUGAGGAUUUUUUUCA